GGCCGAAGCAGAAAAAAGAAAAUUAAUGUGGCUGAAAUAGAAAUAAACCCAAAGUUCAGUGACUAAGCUGAAGGAAUGAUUGAAUCUCGUAAAACAUUUACAAUUUGUGAUUAACGGAUUGUGGCUAAACGGCGUUGAACCAUCUUCACGGCCGCCACCACCUCCAUAGCAGCCAACACCCUCACUUCCAUACGUCUUGAUUUCCUCCUUUUGUUUUCGUUCUUGGACCCACGCAAGAUCAGAGAUGCACGUUGAAGAGCUUUUAGAUAGUGUUGAUUCUGAUUUGUCUUAGCAAUCGAGUGUAAUUACAAGUUUACAGGCAUACAGCUUCUCGAGCUGGUUGGCAGAACGCAUCAAAUAGUGUCUUCCUGAUUUAAACAGAUAGCAAAUGGCAAGUGAGCAAAUGAAUAAUGAAAGCCAGAAGCAAAAGAGCAAUGAGAAUCAGCUAGCAAACACCAGCCUUUCAUCUGCUGGUGGCUUUAGAGGGAUGCUAUUUGAACAAUAUCGUAAAGCCAGAGAGAAUGCGGAAGCCUAUCCUUAUGUAUGGGGUUCUUACCUUAUUGUAUAUGGUGGAUUUGGUCUCUGGAUGGCAUAUAGAUAUAGAAAGCUUCGAAACACCGAAGACAGAGUUAGAACUCUUCAAGAGAAACUUCGUAAACUCCGACAAGAGAGAGAGCCAACAAACUCUGCUGCAGUGAGUGAAAAUGUAACAUCAUCUAUCAGUAAACCUACUAAAUAGUAUGCGGGUAACCUUUCUUUGAAUUGAAUCCAUUUUCUCAGGAAAGUGAUUUUUGAGAUUUUUGCUGACAACUGUGUGUAGACCACAUAUGAUCAAUUAGGUCUCUGUACUAAGAUUUUGGUCGUACUGCAGAAGUUCAAAUUCAAUCAUAAGUUGGGAUCACUUUUGGUGAUAGAUAAGUUACUUGUUGAUGUGAACUUCUAUGAGGAGAGUUCUCAAGAACUUAAAUAUGAUUUCAAUGUGAACUGCUAUAACUGCUGAA